AACGUGACUUUACAGUUGUGGGGUAAGAGGUUGCAUGAUAGAAUGGUAAUUAGAAUUUCACUGUAUGUCUCAAGUGGUCUCUCGAGAUCUUCUAAAUGUGGGAGACUAAAUUAAAUUGGAGUAAACCAUUCAGACUCUAGCAGUAGUUUAAUAGCUGAACAGUUACAUGAAGAAGAAGCCUAAGUGUUUUAGCUGUAUGUCCAGUGCAUAUUAGUUUUAUUUUGUUUUAUUUAUUCUGUAUAUUAUGUACUGUUUUGACAUGUUCUAUAUCUUAAUGUGUACUGUGGAUCUAUGGAAUGUUAAAUGGAUUGAAAUUGAAAUGAUGCUAUAAUAUUGGUUUCAUGCUUCUACUUUUUGUGUUACUAAGUGUUGUGAUAAAAGAGUAAGACAGUGGAAAAUAGAAAUAAGCAAUAAAAUAUAAUGUUAAUCUGUUCCCUGCUAUGAACAAGAUAACUUGCUCAUAAACACAAGAUUCUAGUCCAGUUGUCACAUGACUAAGAACUGUGUAAUUUAGAAGACUGAUUACUGUACCGUAUAUACAUACUGUUUCUCUCCAGAAUGGUGAAACUGAAAGUAAAUUUCGACCUACUACCCCUUAAAGGUCAAUACUUCUUGUGGAAUGCUGGCACAGCACCGAUUGUUCCAUUCUUGCCAAUAUAUGCUCGUCAGCUUGGUUUUUCCAGCGUCAUCGUCGGUACAAUCUACACAGUGCUGCCAAUUACAGGAAUGUUAGCCAAACCACUGUUUGGUGCAAUAGCUGAUCGCUAUCAACUUCAGAAGUUACUCUUUCUGGCUUUCCAGAUAAUUACAGCAAUUAGCUUCUUUGUGAUACAAUUUAUCCCAGAGAUUCAUACAGAGAGUAAAUCCUCUCCAACUACUUUGGACUGUGAUGCUUUCACUUACUUUAAGAUAUGUAGUAGUGAUGUUGACAGAUGUGCUGCAGCGCGUUUAAUGGCCGAAACAUCGAGCAACAAUACUGCAUUAUGUGAGUUGGAAUGUAUAGCAAAUGCUUGGCUCACAAAAGAGGUGUGUGAAGUGUGGAAUGUUUCACGAUAUUGUGAGUUAACUGGUGACAUUAAUUUGCUACACUUAGUUGCUGAAGUGCCCAUCAGUCAUACAUUGCCUACAACAUCAGAGAAUGGUACGUGCCUACAUUUUAGAGUGCAUCAUGUGCUGGAUGGAUUUUCGUCUCAUGUACCAUACUGCAGGAACCUAACUACAGCUCCAUGUAUGGUGCAGUGUUUAGAUCCUGCCAUCAGUGAGGUGUUCAGGAACACUGCUGUGAAUGACGUAAAUGUUGCAGACCUCUACCAGUUCUGGCUCUUUUUUCUUCUCAUGGUGCUCAGCUGGAUUGGUAUGGCUGUUGUAGUGAGCAUAGGUGAUGCCAUUUGUUUUGAGAUGCUGGGAGAUCAGCCGACCCAUUAUGGAUAUCAACGACUUUGGGGCGCUGUUGGAUGGGGAGUAUUUGCUGUAAUCUCUGGCCUUCUUGUUGAUGAAUUGAGCAAGGGACGUGCCCAGAAGGACUACACUAUCGUUUUCUAUCUAAUGCUUGUCAUUCUGAUUUUUGACGUUGUUGUCUCUUCAAGACUUAAGCACAGCCAGACAAAACUCUCAACUAGUAUCGUCCGAGAUGUGGGGAAGCUUCUCACUGAACUGCGAAUUGUGGUCUUCAUGCUGUGGUGCAUAGCUGUUGGGUUAUCUACUGGUCUACAGUGGAACUUCCUUUUCUGGCAUUUGGAAGAUCUGGCAACAGCAGAAGGCUGUGACAUGCUGCAGUGGAUGAAGACUAUUGAGGGUCUUGUGAUGGGGGUGCAAUGUUUUGGUGGAGAACUGCCUUUCCUCUUUCUGUCAGGUCGUAUUCUGCGUAAAAUUGGACACGUGCAUGCCAUGUCACUUGUCCUGUUUGCAUUUGGCAUAAGAUUUGUGAUAUACUCUAUACUCAAAAAUCCCUGGUGGUGCCUUCCAGUGGAACUGUUUCAAGGAUUCACAUUUGGAAUAUUUUAUGCAACAAUGGCAUCAUAUGCUAGCAUAGUGGCCCCACCUGGCACAGAGGCCACUGUGCAAGGAGCUGUGGGAGCAGUUUUUGAAGGAAUUGGAGUGUCUCUAGGCAGUCUACUAGGAGGUGUGCUGUAUGACAAAUAUGAUGGGGCCACAACAUUCCGAAUUUAUGGUAUAGUCUCACUGGGCUUGUUUGUUCUACAUUUCCUGGUCCAAACAAUAAUAAGCAGAAAGGCACAGUAUAGUGAGCAAGCCAGAGAGUUUCAUUCAUCAGCACAUUAUGCAGCUCCCAACGAAGCACUCAACAUGAUGGAUGAUAUGCAAGAGUUGACACCAUCCUGAGAGUGACUGCAGAUCUCUUGUUACUACACGGUACUUCAGGGUAAUAAUUCAUGUAAUGUUGGUAUUAUGGUAACUGUGUUUACAUCUCUUACUGGCCACACUGAACUCACAACAGGGUUUCUCAUGUUCUGUUGUAGCUGUUGUUCUCUUAAGCAAUGGAAACAGGAUGGACAUUAUAAUGGCACUGGCAUUUACUUAGCUUGAAGGACUAUUAAUUUUUGUCGUGGUGAUUUACAGUAUUAAGGCAGCUCAAAUAUGUUAAUUCUAAAGGAUUCUGAUGAUGGUAUAUUACACUUAGUAUCACUCAGUCUCUGGACUCCAUCCAUCAUCGAUUUCAGUGCAGUUGCAUUUUAUGCAAAGAUGUGUUCCUGAAGACAUCGCUUAAUUCAAGACAAGUGUCUUCAUAGGAAUAAAUGUAAAGUAAGAUGGAUGCUGAAUUUUUUGGGAUUUGCAUUAUUUGACACUUUGCACAUAAAGUGAGAUUUUAUUAAUAAUUUUUAUAUUGCACUGUUUCAAAUUCACAUGAAGUGUGACUGCACUUUACUCUGUUUCAGAAGCUGGACCUUUUUGUAUCCCUAGGUGUAAAAGUGGGAAGGGACCUACUGUGUUGGAAGAAUUAGAAAAUACUAAUCUCUCUAACUGGACAGUUCUUUCCCCACCUCUUCACCAGAGGAUGGGAACAGGUCCCUUUUCUGAAACAUGUUGUUAGAUGGACAAAAUCCAGAAACCAAACAAUCCCAGCCCAGAUGUUUUGUUUUUCAUCUACUUGAUGUACUGUUAUUUUCUGAUAUACAGUUGAUUAUUCUUAAAAUGUC